AUGUGGUUCUUCUACUUCCUGCUUCCUCUCCUGGGCUUGCUUCGCAUCUCACUCGCAACCUCUCUCAAUGCCACGCUUGAUCUACAAGAUGAAGUGAUCGAACGCAGUAUGGGCUACACUACAGAGCCUUCGCGACUCGUGAUGUAUGUUCAGACCUUCAAGACUCCAAAGGGUGAGCCUCUAUCCCUUCUUCCACUGCUCCAACACGACACAAAGGUUACCCAUAUCAUCUUGGCAUCGAUACAUUUACACGACGAGCCCGGAGAGAUACGCUUAAACGACGACCCAUUUCAUGCGCCUACAUGGGACAAUAUAUGGGAGGAAGUGAAGACAUUGCAGAUGAAUGGAGUCAAGGUCAUGGGUUUGCUGGGAGGAUCAGCAGGUGGGACGUUUGGGCACUUGAACGGGACGGAGAGAGAAUUCUACUCAUACUACCACCCCCUCCUCAGCCUCAUUAAGAAAUACAACCUCGACGGACUCGACGUGGACAUCGAAGAAAAGGUCGAAAUCAGCGUUCCCCUCCGUCUCAUCAACGCCUUGCGCCGUGACAUGGGCCCGAACUUCAUCAUCACCAUGUCACCACUCGCAUCCGCACUCACCAACGCACUCGGCCAAAACCUCUCCGGAUUCUCCUACUUCGACCUCGAUGCCUUUGCGACAGUCCCUGGCUCGGAAGAAAAACUCAUAUCCUGGUAUAACGGCAUGUUCUACGGGGGCUAUGCUCGCGGGCCGCCAUUCUUCCAGUUGAUUGUUGCUGCAGGGUGGGAUCCCCAGCGAAUCGUGAUGGGGGUGCUGGAUUGCUCGAACGAUGGGCAGGCAAAUGGGUUUGUGCGUAUUGAGAAGUUGCAGGACACGAUUAGGGAGUUGAGGGGUAUGUAUGAGGGGUUUGGGGGCGUGGCGGGGUGGGAGUAUCAUGAUGCGGGGGAUGAGUGA